AUGUGACCUGUAAUGACAAUAUUACGUAAAUUUGCUUCCCACUACUCUGCGGUGUUUACGCUGCCAAUUUACAGUAAAUAAUAAAAGUAUUGACAUUGACAACGUUUUACAACUUAUCAUUAUCAGCACAGCAGUUGAACAUCUACUCAUGACUUUGACAGGUCAUGUUACGCAUUAUUUUUAACGUUUACACGUCAUACAAAGAAGGGACCAAUUACCCUGUUAGAACUCGCUCUUCCAUCUUCUAAUUACCAUUAAAUCACUUUACAACCACUCUCCUUCAUCAUGUCGAACCCCCUCGACCUCGAGAAAAAGAUCCGAAAAAUCAGGGACCACGUGAACGAGUACCCCGAUUUCCCCAAACCUGGCGUCCUCUUCAGAGACGUAUUCUCAGUGUUCCAAAACGCAGAACUCGUAGCGAUGCUCCGGGAAGUUCUCAUCGCAUUCGCUACGCAAAUCCAACCGCCUGUCGAAUGUGUCGUUGGCAUAGACGCCCGGGGUUUCCUGCUGGCACCGUUCAUUGCUUUGGAAUUAGAAGUGCCUUUCGUGCCUGUUCGUAAAAAGGGUAAACUGCCAGGGAAAGUGGCUUUGGUUUCGUAUGCUCUGGAAUAUGGAGAGGCGAACAUGGAAAUUCAAGAAAGUAGCAUAAAGGAGGGACAGAGGGUUUUGAUUGUUGAUGAUUUAUUGGCAACAGGUGGGAGUCUGGGGGCUGCUUGUACGUUAGUUAAGAAGUUAGGAGGGGUGGUUGAGGCCUGUUUGGUUCUGAUGGAGCUUACAGAACUAAAGGGGAGGCUGAAUGUUCCAACAAAUGUGAUUUCGAUAAUCAAGUACUGAGGAUAAAUAGCACAUCUAAGAUUUUGGUGCAAAUUCCAUGAAAACAUUCCCAAGGAUUUGUGUAUUUUUAUAAAUAAGAUAUUGUUAUACAUAAUUUAUACAUUAAAUGUGCACGACUCAU